CUGCUUGGUUAUCGUUUUAUGACGGCGGAGAUAUCUCACAAAGUAAAGGAAGAAGAUAAAGAGAAAACUACUAGUGCCGAAUCAGAGAGUCUGAAUGAUUUUGAUACAAAGGCUGACAACACAUUUCUCCUUGCAUUGGAUGGGGACGUUGACUUUACACCUGGUUCGGUGAGACUUUUGAUUGACAGGAUGAGGAAAGAUGAUAGGGUUGGAGCCGCAUGUGGACGCAUACAUCCUAUUGGCAGUGGUCCAAUUGUUUGGUACCAGAAAUUUGAAUAUGCUGUGGCCCACUGGCUCCAGAAAGCAACCGAACACGUCCUAGGUUGUGUUCUUUGUUCCCCCGGAUGCUUCAGUCUAUUUAGAGGCUCUGCAUUAAUGGACGAUAAUGUAAUGAAAAAGUAUACGUUACUGCCGUCUGAGGCAUCACAUCACCUAAUGUAUGAUCAAGGCGAAGACAGAUGGCUUUGCACACUUCUUCUUCAACAAGGUUACAGAGUGGAUUAUGCUGCCGGGGCUGAUGCUUUUACAUAUGCCCCAGAGAAAUUUAAUGAGUAUUUCAACCAAAGAAAGAGAUGGGGUCCAUCAACACUAGCCAAUAUUAUGUCUCUUUUACAAAACAGCAAAAAUACAGUUAAAAAUAACUCGAACAUAAGUUGGCUGUACAUUUUUUAUCAGGCAUCUUUGAUGGCUGCGACAUUUAUUGGACCUGCAACGAUUUUGAUGAUGAUCGCCGGAGCAUUUGUUGCAGUCUUUGGCGUUGAUCUGAUCACGUCAUAUAUCGCUUCCCUUGUCCCUGCGGUUCUUUAUUUCAUAAUCUGUGUAACGUGUAGCACGAAGAUCCAAUUAGUUGUUGCUCAGAUACUGAGUGGGCUCUACGUUAUUAUCAUGAUGGUUGUACUUGUUGGCGUCAUCAUAACCGCCGUCACAGAGUCUCCAUAUCAUCCAAGCGUUGUUUUCCUCGUUGGAAUAGUGGCCAUCUUUGUAUUUGCUGCAAUGUGUCAUCCAAGAGAAUGGAGCAAUCUUAUCUUUGGUUUUCUCUACUUCAUUUUGGUGCCAUCUGGCUUUCUAAUUUUAAUUAUCUACUCGUUAUGUAAUUUGAACGACGUGUCCUGGGGUACACGUGAAAGCAGUACACCGAACGCCAACGUGAAGCAGAAAAAAAGUGUACUUUCCAAAAUCCUAUACCCAUUUAAAAAACUAAGACAGUCUCUUUCAAGUUCACGAAAUUCUGAGAAGGACGCUUUAUACAUAAACAUGCUCAAAUCAAUGACAGAUGUCAUGGAGCAAAGUAAAUCUAUGAGAAAACGCACUUCCUCUGAAGGCGAUUUAAGAGAAGUGAUCGUCGACACAGAUGUAAAAAAGGAACAGAAAGAGACUGUAAACAAGAAAGCUGAGACUAAAAAGCAUAACACGGUGAAAAAAGUUAGAGGUAAUAAGACCUCAGGACCGGGAUGGAUAGAAAAUUGUAGGUUUCCAGGCAUAUGCACUGAAAUGAAGGAAGAAGAGACUAUUUUUUGGAGAAAAUUUAUUAAAGAGUACCUAAAACCUCUUGAAAAAGACGAAGAUAAGGAAAAGAAAGUGAAGGAAGAAUUAAGAGAGUUGAGGAACAAUGUAUGUGGAGGGAUGGCUCUGAUUAACCUCAUCUGGAUAUCAGUGAACUUCAUGUUUCAAUUGCGCAAACCGACAGUAGUCACUUUUGUUAAAUUGGAAAAUGGGGAAGAAAUAAAGACUGAUGUUCUAGGCUUGUUGUUCAUAAUUUUCUUCACCUUGAUUCUGGUUAUUCAGUUUUGUGGUAUGAUCAUGCACAGAUGGGGAACAUUUUUACACCUUGUAGCUAUUACCGAAAUCCCCAAUCCUUUCAAAAAGAAACAAAAGGACAAUUUAGCCGAGAGUAUAAAUCAAGUAUCAGAGGAUGAUGAAAACUUCAAAACGUCAGAGGAAGAAAGGAUUAAAGGAGAGGAAGAUCUAGAGCAAAUAAUUUUCAGUCUUCAGAAAACAGGUAAAUAUAAAAGAGAAAGUUUUGAAAUACCAACAAGUUCCACUAAGAAAAAUGAUCUUAAUUCCACAGCGGCAACUGAAUCUUACAAAAAUACAAAUAAGAAUGAAGAAGGAAAAAGAGUCAGAUUCGCAGAAACCAAGCGAAAUCUACGUGAAACUAUAAUGGCGAGAACUGAGACCGAAAACUCUAUACCUGAUAGACAGCAGGGAGGAAACCUGCCGUUGUUACGUGGAGGGCUUAUGCACCGAAGACUGCAGCUGUCGAGGUCAAAAAGAGAGGCAUAACAUUUCGAAGCGGAAAUAAUCUUUUUAUUAAAGAGUACUCAUUGGAAGUGGACGUUAAAUCAACAUAUAAAAGUGACCCAUUUAUAAUUAUUUACUUUAGU